AAAAUCACAAUCUUCAACAAUUUACCCCCCAAAAUAACAUAACUUAUGGCAUUAGAAUGGGUAAUUCUAGGGUUCGCUGCAGGAGCAGAAGCAAUUAUGGUAGUGCUCUUAACAUUUCCGGGUACAUACGCGUUACGUAAAGGUUUAAUAUCCGUAACCCGAAAUCUUCUCAAACCAUUUCUUUCCAUAAUUCCGUUUUGUUUGUUCUUGUUAUUGGAUAUUUAUUGGAAGUACGAGACUCGGCCGAGAUGUAAAUCGGCCGAGUCUUGUACUCCCACGGAACUCAUGAGGCAUCAGAAAUCGGUUAUGAAGAACCAGCGUAAUGCGCUGUUGAUCGCGUCCGCGUUGAUGUUUUAUUGGCUGCUUUAUUCUGUGAAUCGAUUGGUUACUCGAGUUGAAGAGUUGAAUCAAAGGGUUGACAAGUUACAGAAUAAAGAAUAAUAACACUUGUGAUAAUAUAUAUGACUUAAUAUAAAUUAAGUAAGUAUUAGUUGUAAUUUUUUUUGAGUUUUACUUGUUUGGUUUCUUUGUAAUGGAUUGUAAAGCUUUUUUAGUACGGAGUUUAUCCGUGAUCUCUUUUCUUUUUAGG